ACUUAUGACUCUAAGUCAUGCUUCGUUCGCAAGAGACGAAUGGGAUCUAUCUAUUUACUUCUCGAGGCUUUGCUUUAUUGGCUUCGUUUGUCCUUCGUUCACACUGCACAGACACUGCUCCGUGACCACUAUUACCCCAAUUUCGAUCUUCUCUCGUGGCUGCCUUUUUCUGCACCCAACCUUCCCCAAAUUCCCUCUUAUCUUCGUCGACUUUUCACAAGUCCUGGCACUAUUUUUUUCCGUCUUGCACGUAUGUUGACACAUACAGACGACUCGACUCAUUUCGUAGUUAUUUACACUCCUUAAUCAUCACGGUCACUUUACAUCUACGUACGCGACACCGUCUGGCAAAUAGAUGUGGGGUGAGAUUCCAAUUCACCCUCUAAUCUAGUCAUGUACACCUGCUGGGUAUUUGUCUAGACAUGCUGCGUUGCGCGUAUAUAUACAUUCAAUAUGACGAUCAUAUGCUGUCAUUAACUAUGCAAUAAUACCAAUGCAAUUCUGACAGUCAA